CGGUAAGUGCAAGUUUGGUUGUCAACUUCGUUGGCCAAGACUUUAGUGGGUAUUUCUAUAUUUCUUGCCUCUCGCACAUCUAUGCAAAGCAGAACCAUAUUAAAAUCAAAUCUUGGUAGUUUAUAAAUAUAUAUAUAUAUAGGCAAAUUUGUAUAUAUUUUUUAAUAGUUUUAUCAGGCUCUUUGUGGCGGUAGACAAAAAGCAGAUCUCUGCCUUAUCGCAGGCAUAUAAAUUCAAGUUUUAUCGUUAGACUUUUUGUAUAUUUGGAAAGUCAUGACGCACAGGCCAUAGAAAUCCCCAGCCAGUUAUCAUAGCUAAAAAAACCUCGAAUCGAAAUGGAAUUAAAAUAAAAUUAAGAGAAAAAGAAGAACUUUAGUAACUAUUAAUAAUGUAUUCUUUUUCUUAAAUCUUUUGUGAUGAACAUUUUAGCAGAUUUUAGCAAAUUGAUUACAAAUUUCACAAAACUCUGAGAUAGCGCAUCUCUCAACGGCACUUGAGUAUUAUCUCAAAUUUGCGUAUUUAUUUUGAAGAAAAUUAUAUAGUGGCUAAAAUCUCGAUUAGGCGCCCCUCAACUUUUGGCCCGCUUAAAUUAGUCACUCGACGUGUGUGCAGGCAAAGCGCCUGGCCAGCAAUAAUUAUAUACUAAUUUAGCGUAUAAUUAGCUAAUUAGAACUGCGCAGCAACUGCCGCAAAAACGAAAAAAAAAAUGUUCCGGCAACACCUUCUGUGCAAAAAAGAAAAAUGUGCAAAAAUAUUUUUUUAUUUUUUGGGUUUUGCGAAAAAUAGAAAACGGCGAUCCCUUGACCAGACCGUGGCUUGAAAAGCUAUUAAUCAAAAUGCGGCGCUGGCCGCAUGUUUGGCUUGCUGUAAAUAAUAAUGACUUCAUAAUUGAUAAUUUUUGCCCAGUUGCUGGAAGAAAGUUAGUCGAACUUGGCAGGCAGUAGCCAAGGCACACACACAAGGCACACAUACUUGCUGACACAUACAAGACCCAUAAAUUAGCCAUCAAUGAAUAUUAAUCAGUUUUAUUUUAUUUAAAUUGUAUAAAAAUAUAAUCAAUAACAAGCAAGAGCUGAUGAUAGAAGAGGAACGAAGACUAUAAACUAAAGUUUAAGUGUGUGCAGGCAGUAAAUUAAAACGAAAUCAAUUUUAGAUAAGAUCCCAAAUGGGAGCAACACAAAUUUUUCACUCAUGCCCAUGCCUAUGGCUAAAAAAAAAAAAACUAAAAGGAGGAAAAAAGAAAUACAAUUGGAGUCAAGCUGGGGGAAAGAGAAACACCUUAAUGGCAUUUAAUUAAAACGAAGGCAAUAAAAAACUCAAGGUAUUAAAAUUAUUAAAGUGAAACGUCGCCACUUUUAAAUUAAAAACGACAAAAAACGGAAAAAUAAAACUAAUAAAAAGCAAUUCCAAAUCAACGCCGCAUUCAGCAAUGCAAACAAAAGACUCAAGCAACGAACUCUAUGGCCAAGAUAAGCUUUACUUAACUACACUAGUGAAUAACUUUGUAUUAACUCUUGAUCAUCAUCGUUGGUAUUUUUUACCUUUUUUUUGGUGAGCAGGAACAAAAGACUUAGGCAACGAACUUGUUAACGCUCUCAGGCAAAAAUUAUGAAUGAAAACGAAAAGCUGAUUAUGGUUUGCCACUGAAAGAUGCUUAACUUACCGAUCAUAUCUCUAUAUGAUGGUGUUCUAAGAAUACGUCGAAACGUCAUAAUCGUUAGUUAGGCUUAAGCUUCAGCUAAUAAUAGAUUUAAAAACUAUAAAUACUUUUAAAGAAAAAACUAGUUUCGGCCACGCUUAAUUAAUAACCAGUAAAUAGUAGUUCAGCUUAACUUCCUGUCGGAAUUUCACUUGACAAACUUAUAUAAUUUGAUUUUUUAACAUUAAAUUAGUCACUCAUUUGUCCACUUAACAUGGCCAAAAUCAUAGACAAAGAUUUUCUUCAAUUAACGGCAAAUCUAGUAUGUUUGCCCAGAAACCGACAAAGAUGACAAAUGAGUGAAAUAAAAGCUGUUAAUUUGUAUGUGAAGCCCCCUUUUUUUUACUCGGGGGUUGUGAAACCACCAACUGAUUGAUUGAUUUUGUUUAUCUUAUUCGUUGGUAUUCAUUUUCUAAUGUCUAAUAUUAAUAAUUAAAAGUCUGUUGCCCGUGUCAUGCAGCCAAAAGCCAAACACCAUACGUGUUAAACCGCCAAAAGGGAGGAAUAUGCAAAUUUCAUUUUCUGAUGUUUUUCGGUGUUUAUAAUUUUCUAUGAAAUAUGUUGUGCCGCUUGUUGUUGCUUGUUUUCUCACAUAAAUCUGCCACAGGCACAUAGAAAAUUUCACCCAAGAAAGCAAGAAAAAAGCCAAAAAGAAACCGGAAGCUUGGCCGUGGAAUGGACUCCUCUUAACUUUAGCGGGUGUUUAUCAGCGGUAGAAAAUUUUCAUAAAUUUCUUCUUCUUUUUUUUUUAACCAUAUAUGUAGGUUUUUGCACUGUAUUUUUUUCUCACUUUCGCAUAAUUGUGGUACCUCGAAAAUAUCGUUUUUUUUUAAUUUUUUUUUGGCUUGUCUCUUUCUUUCUGGGUCUGCGCUUCCACGCUCCUCAUGUCAGACACUUUGUCAAAAUAGCAUUUGUUACGCUGUCAGUGCCAGCCACCAACGCACUGGACAGCCACAAAGGUAGCAGCCACAGCAACAGCACCAACAAUAACAACAACAACAAGGGGCAACAUCAGCAAAAACAACACCAACCAUAGUAAUAACGAGCGUUAUCCAAGCAUCAUCAUUAUCAACUUUUAACCAUCGGUUUAUGUUGUUUGCCACCGAAAUGAUUUAAUUUUGACAGACCUUUUUUUUCCACGAGGUAUGUGUGUACAAAGUUAUUUUUUUUUUUUGUCGUUUCUUUUCUCAACUUUUUAUGUGUGGGAGUUUUUGGAUUUUAAUUUAAAUUUCUUUGUUGUUGUUGUUGUUCUUGUUGUUGGCCAGGCUGCUGUCUAUUUUGGUAAUAAUUUUUGUCGUCUUGUUGGUGUUUCUGCUGUCGCUUGAACUUUAUUUGAUAUGCAUUACCCCGGCCUGGCUUUCGUCUUUGUUUAUUUCUUCUACGACUUCUCCUUUUUGGCAUUAAGUGCUUGUAAAUUGGGUCAGUGGGAAGUUACACUUCAGUCGACGUUCAUUCCAUGUCGAUUGUUGUUAUAGUUGUUGUUGUUGUUAUUAUUGUUGUUGUUGUGAACCGUACUUGUACUCUACAACGUCAUGUGUCAUAAAUUUAUUUGUCUGCUGUUCGCUUGGACUGAGAACUUUUGCCUCUGACAUUUUCCCGUUUGAUUUUCGUUUGCUUUACUAUUUAUUUAUUUAUUUAUUUACUGCCAACCACAAAUGCCAGAGAAUUUCCCUGUACUGAGAGAAAAUCAAUGAAAUCUAAGACCUUCUCACUUUGAUUUGGAAGAAAAGAAUUUUUCAAGUUUUUGUUUCUGGACUUUAAAGCUAUUUUUAGUCCCGAAAAGAAGUGUAUUAAAAUUUUAAGGGAAAUUAUAUAAUAAAAUGAUUUUCCAUUGCAAUAAGUUCAUAAAACAUGAUUUUCCCUAGUGCUGGCAAGCAUUUUUAUUGCCCUUGCCUUAGCUGUACUUUAGUUUGAGCAAUGUUGCCACAAACACCUCUCUACUCCUUGUUUAACGAUCCUCAUAAAGCGCUGGCCGCUCUUCCUGCUCCUGGCAAUUUGUGAGUGCCAGUGCAUAAACCGAUUUGUCCAUUGAUCCCAUCCGAUGAUGGCCAUCUGAUCAUCCGAUCUCCGCGGGGGUAUGCAAAUUCCCCGAGGAUUUACAAUAAAUUUAAACCCUGAUUAGCUUUUGGCUGUCCUUUUUUUUUAUUAUUCUUGUUGUUCGCCCGUACAGGUGAGUCCCACACACUCAACCUAUAUAUAUAUAUAUUGGUGGGCCAUAAAAGCCAAACAGUGCACCGUCCUUCGCGGCCAUGGCUCAUUGAAUCUAGAGUUGGAGUUGGAGUUGGACUUGGAGUUGGAGUCGGAGUCAGGAAGCGCAAUGUGCAAUGUGAAGUGACUUUGGCUGUCUGCUGUCUAGACUCGAGACACACUCACAGCUUUCCAAGCUGCAUAGAGGAUCGAGUCGGUGGAACAAGUGCAGCAGAGGAUUGGUCUUAGAGCUAGAGUCAGAGCUAGAGGAUGCAUUCGCGGUGCUUGGCUUGAUUUUUAUUGACACAAGUUGCUGGCUGUCGGUCGAAUGCCCGAGAGUGCCGAGUGCCGAGUGCCGACUUCUGCUGCCUGUUGCAUGGCACACAUUUUGCAUAUUUUAUGAGUUCGUGUCGAUGUCGUUUUGUGCAAUGAGCUUUUUGUUCUUCAGCAGCAGCAGCUCUUUGCAUAAUUAUUGUGGAACGUUUGAUUCGAAUAUUUUCUAGGCAAUGUCAGCGCUACCGGGGAGGUUGUCUUUUCUACUCUUUUUAUCUUUUUUUUUUUUUGGGUCUGUUUUAUGACCACAUUUAGUGGGCCCCAGCCGGCUCAUCUGUAAGUACAAAUACCCACGGGACAUGUGACCCACUUGCCGGGGUAGUAGGUGCCUCCUCCUCCUCCUCCUGCUGCUGCUGCUGCUCCCCCACUGAUCGCAUCGCAUAAAUCAAGAACAGUCAUUAAUGUACGGACGUGGCAUGUGCAUAAGCUUUUUCGAAACAAAUCAAAUCAAAGGGGAUUCCGGGGCAAGACCCCCUGCUAAAUUAGUUUUCACUCUACACAUAUAUAAAGUACACGGAGAUUUCGCUUGUUAACAUUAAUAAUAACUUGUAAUUUGCAGUCGUUGUUGAAAAUCACUCACUCACUGAGAGUGAAGAAGGGAAGAGAAAAAAAAUAAAAAAAAAAAACUAAUUACAACAUUUUUCACAUGUGUAUGGAGGUAAACAUUCAUUCAUAAUACAGACCCAGAGCCAGCAUAAUGUAAUGUAAAUGAGAAAAGCCCGACGAGACGAGAGAAGAUGAAACUUAACCAAAAAAGCGCAGACUUUGAAGAUCUUCCGCUUGGUUGGUUGGCUUCUGGUCUCCCCUUGGGUCCAAACAUCCAACCCAAAACAUACAUAUACAUCUUCCCCCCAGAGAGUGAUCUCAGUGUGUUGUUAAUUUCUGUUCAUUAAGUCAGAAAAUAGCCAGGUUUAAUGUUCGACCGAGGCACAAAAUUAAUUAAACAUUUAUCAAAAUCAACGCCGCCUCUCAGGGCCUUGCGAUAACAGCUUAAGAUCGGUAUAUACUAUACUAUAUCCCCCUGAACGAUGACAUUUGGGCAUUUUAUGAGCAUGACCACCAUUGUUUUGGGUUUCUUUUUAUUCGGAGGGGGAUCUCUUAACUCUUGUCAUUGUACUAGUCAAAGUACGUUUGCCGCGAGAGACUCUUGGCCGAAAUCGUAAACGAAACCGAAAACGAUGCCACAAAUUCCAAUUCCAAUUCCAAGCUGCGACUUGGAUACAGACAUGGACGUCAACAUCAGUUCGCCUGUCGUUCCAAAAUGAAAAAUGCUCAAAAUCCAACCAAAAAACAAAAAAAAAGAAAAAGAAACCGAAAAGAAACACUUUGGCUCGUUAUUCUUGGCCUGAGUUUUACUUUUUUUUCGGGGGUCUCGUUUUUGCCUGAUUCGAAUUCGGACUUGGACGUGGAUAUGGACGUCGACGUGGACGUGGACGUGGAUGUGGAUGUGGACAUGGAAGUGGUUGGGCAUAUCGCUCGACUUGGCCCAGCACUUGAAUUGCACUUGAGUGCUGUAAAUAUUUUUUAAGGCUGCCUGGCAGGGAUCUUGAAGACGAAACGAAUCUCGAAUGCCCUCCCUGAAGGCAGAUGAGCCACAAAAAAAAAAAUGAAACCGAAAUGGAGAUGAGCCAGGCUUAUUAUGAGGUCAGCGGCGGUCUUUUGAAGUUAUCAAAUGCUGCCUGUCAGCAGGUCACUUCAGAAAAGCCAAAUCUAUUGAUAAUGUUGCACAGGCGAAAGCCACACAGAAACUAGGUUGUCUUGAGAUUCUACGAAAAACUGCAGAAAAAUUGAAACUCAAUUAGUAGAAACGUCUUUCGUGAGCGGUUUCAAUAAAAGUUAAACAAGCGAUGGCACAAGUUUUUCUUUUACAAAUUUCCUUUACGAAUUACUAGUAAGAAUCAAAUCCUGAAGGAGCACUCAAAGACCCCAACUUGGUUAGAGAAUUUUACCCCUGAAAAAUGAGUUUUACUUUUUUGGUUUUACUUUUUAGCUUUCGGCUCCUGUUGCUCGUUUUUCGGCUUUGUUGUAAGUCUUUCGCGUUUUUUGGCAAUUUGGGUUACAUUGGCUGCUGUCUGAAAAAUUAUCUGGCACUUAUAUUCACGCUUAAUUGGCAUUUUUUAUGAAACUCGAGCGUGCUGAAAAGUGCAGCAGCCGCUCUGUACAAAAUAUAAACAAACAAAACAAACAUUCGUGCUCUUCUUGUGACUCCUUUGGGUUCCCAGUUUUCCAGUUUCUCCACGUCCGGAAUCCAAGUUGGUGUCCAGCGUCUCUGACAAUGACACUGGCACUCAAAAUCAAAGGAGAAAAAUCAAUUUAAUGAGCAAAACAUGCAAUAAAUUACACACAGCCGGGCCAAAUGAAUUUUAUUUAUUUCAUUUUUCCUCGAUUCGAUUCAACAAAUUGGGUCACAUAUUGCAGGAAUUUGUUUUGUUUUUUGUUUGUGC